GUUAUGUUGUGCGUUAUUCGAAAGUGUUGUGUUUGAAUUCAAGUCCUAAGAGUUUUAAAAUUUUAUAUUUAAGUGUAGCCUUGGUUUUUGUUUAUUGUUUUAAUUUCUUCGCAAAAAAUAACAAAAGGUGACACAUUGAAGGUUUCCAAUAAAUCAAUAAAAGUCAUAUAGAUUGGCAGACAUGGAUUUCAGAGAAUAUCGCAGACGUGGCAAACAAAUGGUCGACUAUAUUGCCGAUUACUUGGAGAACAUUCGUGACCGUCGAGUCUAUCCGGAUGUUAAACCCGGUUACAUGAGAAACCUUCUUCCAGAGUCAGCUCCAAUUGAUGGUGAAAAUUGGGAUACUAUCUUCAAUGACGUAGAACGUGUUAUUAUGCCCGGAGUGACGCACUGGCAAAGUCCUCACAUGCAUGCAUACUUUCCGGCACUCAAUUCAUUUCCAUCUCUUUUGGGUGAUAUGUUAGCUGACGCUAUCAAUUGUUUGGGUUUUACUUGGGCAAGUUCACCAGCUUGCACUGAACUUGAAAUUAUUGUUAUGAAUUGGUUGGGUAAGAUGAUUGGACUUCCCGACGACUUCUUGCACCUCAACAAUAAUAGCAAAGGAGGAGGAGUCAUUCAGACAACUGCCAGUGAAUCGACUUUAGUUUGCCUCCUUGCCGGACGGACCAGAGCCAUCCAAAGCUUCCACGAACGUAGUCCCGGUUCUCAAGAUGCCGAAAUUAAUGCCCGACUUGUUGCUUAUUGUUCGGACCAAUCCCAUUCCAGUGUUGAGAAGGCAGCUCUAAUUGGAUUAGUGCGGAUGAGGUAUAUUGAGUCCGAUGAAAACCUCUCGAUGCGAGGUGACCCUCUUCGCGAGGCAAUUGAAGAUGAUAUCAAACAAGGGUUGAUUCCGUUUUGGGUUUGUGCCACAUUGGGAACAACUGGGACAUGCGCAUUUGACAAUCUGGAUGAGGUUGGAUCUGUUUGUCGUGAAUACAACUUGUGGCUUCAUCUUGAUGCUGCUUAUGCAGGAAGUGCAUUUAUAUGCCCGGAAUAUCGUUCAUGGCUAAAAGGAGUCGAGAGGGCGGAUUCAAUUGCAUUUAAUCCAUCCAAGUGGUUGAUGGUGCAUUUUGAUUGCACUGCGUUGUGGGUCAAAGACAGUACAGCAGUCCACCGAACAUUCAAUGUUGAACCAUUAUAUCUGCAACACGAAAACUCCGGCUCAGCUGUCGACUAUAUGCACUGGCAAAUCCCUCUAAGCAAACGUUUUCGAUCUCUCAAACUUUGGUUUGUCUUGCGAUCAUUUGGCAUCAAAGGCUUACAAAAACAUAUCCGAGAAGGUGUUCGCUUGGCUCAAAGAUUCGAAGCCCUUGUAAAUGCUGAUCAUCGUUUUGAAAUUCCUGCAAAGAGACAUUUGGGAAUGGUCGUUUUUCGCAUCAAAGGAGACAACGAAAUCACCGAAAGACUUCUCAAACGUCUCAAUCAUCGUGGUAAUUUACACUGUGUUCCAGCUUCAAUCAAAGGAAAAUACGUCAUUCGAUUCACAGUAACUUCAAAUCGUACCACUUUAGAUGAUAUUUUAAACGAUUGGCAAGAAAUUCGUUUAGUAGCUGGAUUUGUUUUAGAUGAAAUGAAUAUUGACAUUGCAGCAGUUGAAAAAUCUAAAGUUUCACUCAAAGAAACCAAGGAAAAGAGUGAAGCUUUUGGAUCAAGUCUACUCUUAGCUAAUUCUCCAAUGUCUCCAAAGAUCAUCAAUGGAUCUUUUGCUGCAUUAUUUGAUGCCGAUGAUUUCUUGGCCAAAACUUAUGCUGGCAUAAGAAUUGCGCACCAAGAAUCUCCUUCCAUGCGGCGUAGGGUUCGUGGAAUUCUAAUGUCUGGAAAACAAUUCUCAUUGGACUCUCAUAUGGACAUUGUCGUUCAAACUUGCUUGGACUCAUCCACCACAUCAUCAACCACUACCACAUCCAGUAAGACCCCUAACCCGAUCCAUGAAGAUAACGAAGAUGGUUGGGAAGCUUAUGAGUCGCUGGGUACACCACCAAGAACUCCACCUCCUAUGAUUUCACCUCUUAUAAUGACACCCAGCAACAGUUACAACAAACUCUACUCGACAGCCCAGAUAAAGACUACGACAGAAACAUCGCAAUGCGAUGUGGUUCGUACCCCGACUAAAAAACCACCAAAUACACUAACCUUACCGACAAGAAAUAGCUACAUUAUCGAUAAUACAGUUUUUAUGCAUAAUUUGGAGACUUCAAUGUCGUUUACUCGUUGUUAUGGUAUCUCUCCCGAUUCGUCUGCUGGUCAUCAGUGUGCUUUAGUCAUGUCUUCAUCGACUCCUUCACCUCUCAUAACUCCGAGUCAUAAUCGUAUGUUCUUUCAGAAAAAUUCCAAAUCUAGCAGCAGUAGCAGUGGCAGUUUGUGUAGUCCCCCUGGCGGUCGAAAUGGAAGUUCGAAACGGAAGAGUGUUUAUCUUUAUAGUUCAGGUGGUCGACAGAAUUCCGUUCGAACUCAGUUUAAACAGGAAGAAGAAAUCGUCUAUCAUGGGAAACGUUAUUUGGAUCCUGUGAUAGAACCUGACGAUUGUGCUUUCGUGAAUGAUGGCUUUCAUGGUAUUUCCGUUGCCACUCAACAGCAAUUUCGUUCGAAUUAUUUUGGUUGUACUAUGAUGCCGGGUAUUCCGGAGGCCGAAAGUCCUGGGUCAGUUGAUUGGGAGGCUGUGAGGGCGAAUUUUCGAGGAGAUCGUAAAAUUCGUCGGGGUAGUAGUUUUCCUAAAUUUCGACUACGAAUCAAUGAUGAAUAUGGAAAUCGUAUUCGAAGUUCAUUUGAAUCGACAACACCAACGCCAUCUGAUGGCGGGACACCAAUGACACCGGAAAAAGCUGUUGAUUUAGAAUCCACAACGAAAUGGUUUUCAUUGGACAAAGAAGUAGGUAGUGAUCAAGAAGAUAAAUCAGAAGAUACAAUUGUGUCUAAGGACGGCUGGUCAAUUGAAUCUCCUGAUAAUGAGGGAAAGGGUGGUGACAAAGUUUGUAAAAAGUGUGGUCAUAGUUCGGGGUCGUCUACAUCGAAUGAACAAGAAAAUGAAUCCUCUUCAUCUUGAUAUUUACUAAUUUAGAAAAAUUUUGUUGUAUUAGAAAAUAAGGAAGUUUUAAUCCACUUUGAAUGAUGAAGUCCUUUAGAUUACAUUUAGACUGGAUUAUAAUUUUAUAUUGUA